CAAGUGAGCUCAUACAACAAGUUGAUUGUAGCCAUGGAUUUCUUUCUGAUUGUCCUUACGCUUGCUAUCUCCUUGCUUCUUUUCUUCUUUCUUCACAAACUAAUUUUCUCAGCUAAAAGACAGAGUAGAAAGGUACCUGAAGCUGGCGGAGCAUGGCCGAUUAUUGGCCAUCUCCACCUCCUCAAUGGAUCUCAAAUGCCACACAAAAUUUUUGGUCAUAUGGCUGAUAAAUACGGGCCAAUUUUUCGAUUAAAGUUGGGCGUAAAUCAAGUAGUAAUUGUGAGUGACCACAAAAUAGCCAGAGAAUGUUUCACCACAAACGAUAUGGCAUUUGCAAAUCGGCCAAAAUCCAUAGCUUCAGAGAUCUUAGGCUACAAUUAUGCCAUGUUUGGGCUUGGACCUUAUGGACCGUACUGGCGGGAGAUGAGGAAAAUUGUCACAAUUGAGUUCCUUUCAGCUCGGCGAAUUGACAUGUUUAGCCAUGUUCAAGAAUUUGAAGUAAAAUCAGCUGUUAAAAAGACAUAUGAAUAUUGUUUCAAGAAUAAGAGUAGUAACUUAAAUGAUGUUGUGAAGAUGGAGAUGAAGGAAUGGUUUGGGAACUUAAUUAUGAACACCAUGGCGAAGAUCCUAUUUGGAGUACAAUACAAAGAUAAUGAAGACAGAAGUAAGGCUCACAAAGCAAUUCGGAGAUUUGUUGAAUUAUUUGGGGUUUUUAUUGUGGCUGAUUUUUUACCUUAUCUAAGAUGGCUGGAUAUUGGUGGCCAUGAGAAGGCCAUGAAAGAAACUGCUAAAGAAAUAGAUAUUAUUCUUGAAGAUUGGUUAGCAGAGCACAAAAGAAAGAGGAAAUUAAAGGGAAAUAAAUCA